CAUAAAUGGCCCACGCUCCAGCCCGCGGGGGAGUUGCCCACGCCAGCAUGGCUGCGCCCGCCUCGGGCGCGUAUGUGUGUUUCGAAUGUGGGCCUGGGCCGGCUCGUGGGGCUGGGCUUUAGGCAGGUAGGCUCUAGUUUCACAAUGUUUGGGGAUCUAUUUGAAGAAGAUUAUUCCAGUGUGUCAAAUUAUGAGUAUGGAAAAGAGAAGAAAUUAAAGACCAAAGCUUUGGAGCCACCAGCUCCUAGAGAAUUCACCAAUUUAAGCGGAAUUAGAAAUCAGGGUGGAACCUGUUACCUCAAUUCCCUUCUUCAGACUCUUCAUUUCACACCUGAAUUCAGAGAAGCUUUAUUUUCCCUUGGCCCAGAAGAGCUUGGUUCGUUCGAAGAUAAGGAUAAACCUGAUGCAAAGGUUCGGAUCAUACCUUUACAGUUACAACGGUUGUUUGCCCAGCUUCUGCUCUUAGACCAGGAUGCAGCAUCCACAGCAGACCUCACUGACAGCUUCGGGUGGACCAGCAAUGAGGAAAUGAGGCAACAUGAUGUGCAGGAACUGAAUCGAAUUCUCUUUAGUGCUUUGGAAACCUCUUUAGUCGGGACCUCCGGCCAUGACCUCAUCAAUCGUCUGUAUCAUGGAACCGUUGUUAACCAGGUUGUUUGUAAAGAGUGUAAGAAUGUCAGUGAAAAGCAGGAAGACUUCUUAGAUCUAACAGUAGCAGUAAAAAAUGUGUCAGGUUUGGAAGAUGCCCUCUGGACCAUGUAUGUAGAAGAGGAAAUGUUUGACUGUGACAACUUAUACCACUGUGGGACUUGUGACAGGCUGGUUAAAGCUGCCAAGUCGGCCAAAUUACGUAAGCUGCCUCCCUUUCUUACUGUUUCAUUAUUAAGAUUUAAUUUUGAUUUUGUGAAGCGUGAACGAUACAAGGAAACUAGCUGUUACACGUUCCCUCUCCGGAUCAAUCUCAAGCCUUUUUGUGAACAGAGUGACUUGGAUGACUUGGAGCAUGUAUAUGAUCUUUUCUCGGUUAUUAUACAUAAAGGUGGUUGCUAUGGAGGACAUUACCACGUGUAUAUUAAAGAUGUUGAUCAUCUGGGAAACUGGCAAUCUCAGGAGGAGAAAAGCAAACCAGAUGUGAAUUUAAAAGAUCUCCAGAAUGAAGAAGAGAUUGACGAUGAUCCACUGAUAAUUCUGAAAGUGAUCUUACUACAGGAGGAGAAUAAUGUAAUUCCUGUUGAUCAGCUGGGCCAGAAACUCUUGAAAAAGAUAGGAACGUCUUGGAACAAGAAGUACAGAAAACAGUAUGGACCACUGCGAAAGUUCUUACAGCUUCAUUCCCAGGUAUUUCUGCUCAGUUCAGAUGAAAGUACAGUUAGUCUAUUGAAGAACGGUUCUCUCCGGGCUGAGUCUGAUUUCCAAAGGAAUGAUCAACACGUUUUCAAGACACUUACUUCAGAAUCCCCAGGAUUAAAUGAUAGAAACUCCUGUCCCCACUGGUUUGAUAUAAAUGAUUCCAAAGUCCAACCAAUCAAGGAAAAAGAUAUUGAACGGCAGUUUCAGGGUAAAGAAAGUGCCUACAUGUUGUUUUAUCGGAAAUCCCAGUUGCAGAGACCCCCAGAAGCUCGAGCUAAUCCAAGAUACGGGGUUCCACGUCAUUUGCUGAAUGAAAUGGACGCAGCCAACAUUGAACUGCAAACAAAAAGGGCAGAAUGGGAUUCUACAAACAAUAAUUUUGAGUUGCAUCUCCACCUGGGUCCUCAUUAUCAUUUCUUCAAUGGGGCUCUGCACCCAAUCAUCUCUCAAGCAGAAAGCGUGUGGGAUUUAACCUUUGAUAAAAGAAAAACUUUAGGAGAUCUUCGACAGUCAAUAUUUCAGCUGUUAGAUUUUUGGGAAGGAGAUAUGGUUCUUAGUGUGGCAAAGUUUGUACCAGCAGGACUGCAUGUUUACCAGAUGCUUGAUGGGGAUGACAUGAUGCUGUGUGAAAUGGAGAUUGCGGACGGGGAAGACCUCUUUGUAUGGAAUGGGGUGGAGGUUGGUGGCAUCCAGAUUCCAACCGGGAGUGACUGCGAACCUCUGCUCUUAAACGUUCUUCAUUUAGCAACAAGCAGCGAGGGGGAAAAGUGUCAGCAGUUGGUAGAGUCUCCACACGUCUUUCCAUCUAAUGCAGAAGUGGGCGCCGUGCUCACCACCCUGGCGGUGCCCGUGGGUGUCCUCUUCGUCAACGCCACGGACCCUGCCGGGGGAGAGAACUGGGUCGCUGUUCCCAAGGAAGACCUGAAGAAGACGUUCAGAGAGCAGGGCCUCAGGAACAAGAGCUUGGUUCUCGUUCAGGAUUCUAGAGAUAACAGUUUGUUGCUCAAACAAGGGAAAUGGUUCACUGGUAUGAAUGAGAUCAACUGGCUCCAAGUUCAAAAUUUAUGUGAAUUAGAAUCCGAAGAGAAGCAAGUUAAAAUAUCAGCAACUGUGAACACAGUGGUGUUUGAUCUUCGAAUUAAAGCCAUAAAGGAACUAAAAUUAAUGAAGGAACUAGCUGAGAACAGCUGUUUGAGACCUAUUGACAGAAAUGGGAAGCUGCUUUGUCCAGUGCCAGACGGGUACACUUUGAAGGAAGCAGAACUGAAGAUGGGGAGUUCACUGGGACUGUGUCCUGGAAAAGCACCAACUUCCUCUCAGCUGUUCCUGUUUUUCACUAUGGGGAGUGAUGUUCAGCCUGGUACAGAGAUGGAGAUCAUAGUAGAAGAAACAAUAUCUGUGAGAGAUGUUUUCAGGAAAUCUCCCGUCACAGUUCAUCUAGGAUCUGACCACAUCUCACUCCCUCCACUGCCACACCCUGGUCACCUCUCCUCUGGAUUAUUCCAGCAGCUUCCUGAUGGAUCUUCUUCUUUGCAGCCUGGCAUUUCCCCAGGGUCUGUUCUUACAGAGACGUCAAGUGGUCCCUUCCCUGCCUGUUCUCACAGCCCUCGUGUGCUUCCCCGUGUCUCUCGGGGCCCCAGCCAGAGGCCCCGAGCGCUCGCUCCGCUGGGCCACACUGGCCCCCGUGCUCUGGUCCUCCCCAGCACACAGCCGAGGGGAAUGCCCGCCUGUUCGUUUUUCUUAAGUAACGGAAGCUGUCCUCGGCUGCAGCCUUGCUCCCAUUCCCUGUGUUUUACUGGAUUGUGCUCUCAUUGCUGGCCUUUUCUAAACAACCUGUAGGUAUAUUUUAAAGUCUUUCUUAUUCUUAAUCAUACAAGUAAUCGUGGACUUAUUCUUUAAACUCCAGUGGGGUGGGUUAUAGCUAAAAAUCCUCCUUGAUCACCAGCCUACCCUAGCCCCUCAGCCAGACGUCUGCAUGGUCUCGGGAUGGUGAGAUCUGACCGCACCAGCGAGUGUGUGUCCUUCUAGACCUUUGAUGCACCCAUAACGGCUCAGGGACAAAUGAGCUGGACUUGUUCGUGUGCUUUCUUUUAAAUCAUAAAUGGGGUCACACUGCAUGUAUACUAGAACUUUGUUUCACUUCAGAUUUAUAGAGGUCUUUUAAGACUAGUGUGUAUAAAUCCAUUUUAUCUUUUAAGACUUAUAGUUUAAGGGUUCCUCUGUUCCUGGGUAUUUUGAUCCUUUGCUCUUUUUCUUACUCCAAGCAGUACAGUAGUAAUCUUCCUUAUUCUUGCUUCCUUCUUGCUAGUGUAGUAUAAUUCAGGUUUUAUUUACUCUUGCCGUAGAUUUAUAGGUAGGCAAAAGAGUAAGUUUUCCCCCCCAAGGAAGUUGGGAGUUUCUGAUUUUAUUAUUGUUAUUUAAACUUCUGUUAAUCAUGUGUCACGGGUUACUAUGUGCCAUGGGAUCACCGCUGCACGGAUCUCUCCCUGAGUUUACAGGUGACCAGUUGUAUCUCUUGGGUGCUACGUAAAGGCUAAUCUCCUUUUGUAGGAUGCAGAGGUUAAUGUGUAUCUAUGAAACCAGCCUAAUCAGUCAUAUCCGGUCCAAACCACAGUGUUGGUCCUCACGAGCAGAAGGUUGUGCUGCAGACC